UAAGUGAUCUGUGCAGUUAGUCUGUUAAAUAUGUGUGUGAAGAUGAUUAAAACCUCCAGAUUCCUGUUUGACAGAUGCAGGGUUGGCCUGGAAAGCGCAGUGCAUCAAUCCACACGACUGGACUCGACGACUGACCGUCUGUCAGAUGUGAACGUUUAUGUGAUAUUUCUAAAAAUGCAUCAUCACCAUCAUCAUCACCAUCAUCAUCAUCAGAGAAUGGCCGCGUUAGGGACGGAUAAAGAACUGAGCGAUUUGCUGGAUUUCAGCGCGAUGCGAAACAGCGAUUUGAAAAUGUUCCCCACAUCAAUGAUGUUUUCCCCUCCUGUCAGCAGCGGGAAGAACGGACCGACGUCUCUGGGAAGCGGACAUUUCUCUGGCUCAAAUCUGGAAGACAGAGCGAGUUCGUCUUGGGGGAAUGGAGUUCGUGCCACAAAGAAUUACGCUGAUGGCUCUCAGUACGGUCACAUGGCCAGUCGGGACCUGGGGUCACAUGACAGCAUCUCGCCACCGUACACCAACUCCAGAUUAGCAGGUGCAGUCCACACCAGCGCUGUUCUCCUCCUGUCAUGUACCUGCUAA